GUGAAAAGAGAGGGGGAGAAAAGAAAGAGGAGGAAAGACAAGGGACUGGGAUAUGAGAGAGGAAAACAACGGAGAAAGACGACUGAGAAAGACAAUAUUGAUAUCUUAAAAAGUGCUAGACGUAGAGAAAGAUAUAUAUAUAUAUAUAUAUAUAUGUAUAUAUAUAUAGAGAGAGAGAGACAGAAUAGGAGUAUCCUGGCAGCUAUCCAGGCCUCAGCCCAAAGCCAGGUCCUGCUGCCGCUUCUUGUCUGUCCAGAACAUGGUGCUGUUCCCACUCUGCAAACUGCUCUCAGGGUCAGUCAGAGUGACCAAGAAGCAGCUGGUCCUGUACUGUCUGCUCCUAUCUCUGCUCGUAUACUUUUUAAGAUGGAGGAGAACAGUGCUCAAGGUGGACACGCACCCUCUUCCUCUUUCUCUGGAGGCGGAAUCAGGAAGUGUGGUCAGAGACAUAGUGGUGGGCAGUGUGGAGGAACAGCAACAGCGCCUCCCGCUGGAGACAUCCUGGGGCGCUCCUCUGGUGUGGGGCGACUCUGACGGCUCAGCGUGGCGGAGGGCCGAGUUUGCCCACCGCAGUGUCCGCACAGGCCUGCUGACGCUCGCCGUGGGGCCCUACGGCCACUUCCUACGCCGCUUCCUCUCCUCGGCCGAGCUCUACUUCCUGCCCGGUAACACCGUGGUCUACUACGUCCUUACGGACAGCCCUCGCGCCCUGGAUCCCCCGACCCCGCUGGGCCCUGGCAGAGAGCUGAGGGUGGUCCCUGUGGCAGAGAUGCCCGGCUGGGAGCGUCUGGCCCAGGGCCGCAUGGCCCUGCUGGCGGCUGCCAUUAAAGAGCCGGUUAGGCACGAGGUGGAGUACGUCUUCUGCAUGGACGUGGACCAGGAGCUGGUGGCCCCGGUGGGAACUGAGAUCCUGGGGGAGCUGGUGGCCGCGCUGCACCCGGAGCUCUACGGCAUGCCCCGCCACACCUUCCCGUACGAGCACGAGCCCGCCUCGCUGGCGCACGUGGAGGAGGACGAGGGCGACUACUACUACACGUCGGAGCUGUACGGGGGUCUGUGCGCUGAUGUGUACGCCAUGGCCCAGGCCUGCUCCCAGCUCAUCCUCCAGGACCAGGAAAAGGGGCUGAGUGCUCGUGGACUGGAGGAGAGCUACCUCAACCGCUACCUGAUCAACCGCAGGCCCACCUGUGUCCUCUCGCCCGAGUACAGCUGGUGGGACUCAGCCCUGGCCGCCGACGUACCCACAAGAAGAGUGGUGUCCCUGGGGAGGCAGUGUGACUCCCUGGAGCCACAAAAGAGACAGGAGCAGGACUGCUGAGAGGGUUAUUUCUUUGCUUUGUCAUAGAAUUAGAACGACCAUAAAAUGUAGACAAAUUCAAAAAGCAAUUUUAAGGCAAACACAAGGAUCCCUUGGAAUCUGUUGAUGUGUCAGUAAAUAAACUAAUGGCAGCAGACCCAUUGGAGUGAAUACUGUGUGUGUGUGUGUGUGUGUGUGUGUGUGUGUGUGUGUGUGUGUGUGUGUGUGUGUGUGUGCGUGCGUGCGUGCGUGCGUGCGUGCGUGCGUGUGUGUGUGUGUGCGUGUGUGUGUUUUUGCAGUCUAUCUCUUCUGCACCAGACAAAAAAUGAAUUAACCUGUCUCUUUAGACACAGGCCUAUACCAUUAAUGUCAGCUUGGAGAUAUGACUCCAAAGGCUUUUGUGGUUUCCAAUAAGAAUCAACAUUGUAAGUGCCCACUUUCACUGCACUAGCCAAUCAUUAACUGGUGGAGCUGCCGUUUCAAGGUCUUUAAAUACACAGCAGUGGGAUGCUGCUUCCCCACGUGCCAUGUUGGCCUUUGUGUUCAGGGCUGUGUGUGUGCAGAACUAGAGGACGCUAGGCAAAGUUUUCCCAUUGUCAAUAUAAUAAGUAUCCUCUUUCUUAUACUGCUUACGAAAAUGUUUGUUCCCCAACCGGUCGUUUACAGCACAUUCGGUCCUGGGUGAAAUAUGCAUUCGGCAUAUCAAUAUAAUUAAUGAUAGGUGCUUAGGAAGAAACAUGAGAAUACUGAAAAUUCCACAAAAAAGACCCGCUAUAACUCACCAACUUUUUAAACGCACAAAUGUUUCAAUAUCUUCCUCAGGUGAAGAGAAGCUUAGCGAUAUCCAUCUCAUAAGACACCCAUUCUUAGUUUUAUGUAUUUAAUAAAAUUGUACUUUUUUAGGUUCUUUAACAUGUUCUGGCAUUACGCUCUCUCUCUGUUUCUCUCUCGCGCUCUCUCUCCUCCCAUUCUUGCAUGCUACUACUCUUCAAUGGGAAGGCUAACACAGGCAGAUGGCUUUUUCCCACUGCCAAAAGUGGCUGUCUCCAGGGCCAAAUCGCCACGUGUAGUCAUUCUUCAGUUUUUACUGUCUCACAGUCCCAGUGAACUCUUAACAGUCUUGGUCACGCUUCCACAGUAACACUUCCUUUUGAUAGAACACAUCUGUAGAGGUUCAAACUAUCCAAAAUAUCCACAAACAAGUUUUUGGAUAUUUAUGUCAUUUGCAUAGCUGUUAGCUUAAAGGGCAACUUCGCCACUUUUCAACCUCAUAUUCAUUAUCUCCAGCACCAAACCAGUGUCUACAUAUGUGAAAACUUUGCAUUUCUACAUUUUGUAGAAAAAAAUAUAAAUGUUAAAAAGUUCUACCCAGUGACAUCAUCAAAAGUUUUUUUUAAAUGUACACCUGAUCUUCAAACACUAUGAGAUUGUGAUGUGGGCAGCAAGAAGAUACGCUCUCUCUGGCUAGAAAAUUGUUCCAGGUUUGGAAAAUCACUGUUUUUCUUACUUUUAAUCCUACCAUGUGAAGUCACAGAGAAGCAUUUUUUUAGGCCCUUUCUUCUAAUAUUUUUGACCACAGAUCAUAGAAACGCACUGUUUUCACAUGUAUGUAGACAUUGCUUUGGAGCUGGAGAUAAUGAAUAUGAGGUUGAAAAGUGGCGGAGUUGCCCUUUAAUUGUCACAACUAUGCAUCCUCAUCUUUAGUGCAAGUUAACAGAAAAGCAAGCUCAAACUUCAAAUAAACCACUACGUUUCAUAUUUAUACACCGAUAUUAACUUUAAACACUGAUAAAAGGAAUAAGUGAUUUUCUCAUGCUACUUGAAGAAUGCUAACAGAGGUCCUACCUCUUCUUUUGAACUCAAUCAUUUUAAGCUGUUGCUUAGUAAACAAACACCCAAAUGUAGGAUCACUGACUCUCUGGGUCCAUAGCAGACUUUCAUGUGUUUCAAUAAGAGUUCAACAUUAUUAUUAUUAUUUUUACCUUUAUUUGACUAGGCAAGUCAGUUAAUAACAACUUCUUAUUUACAAUGACUGCCUAGGAAAAGUGGGUCAACUAACUAACUGGUGAUGCCUCGUCGCAAUUGGUUAUUCCCUAUCAUUUCCUACAAUGUCAAUGAGCAUCAUCACAAUUUUUCAUUUGCGGUACCUCAAAAUGUUGUGAUUACCAGCUGAGAUAAACUUUUAUGAGUUUGUCUGGGCUGUGUCUUAAACCUUUUACUGCAGUGGGCUAAAGCAGGGUCACACAGAGUGUUUCUUGGUAUUCUUAAACAAAUCUACUUUGAAACAAAAGUAUACACACAUGGUUAAAAAAGAAGACACAUGUACCAUGUCAGAUAUAUAUGGUUGAAAUGUACUCAAUUUUGAGUUUGCAUCCCAAUAUAACAUUUUAGAUAUAGUACCAGUCAAAAGUUUGGACACACCUACUCAUUCAUUUAUUUUUACUAUCUUCUACAUUGUAGAAUAAUAGUGGAGGCAUCAAAACUAUGAAAUAACAUAUGUGGAAUCAUGUAAUAACCAAAGAAGUGUUAAACAAAUGAAAAUAUAUUUGACAUUUGAGAUUCUUCAAAGUAGCCCACCUUUCCCUUGAUGACAGCUUUGCACACUCUUGGCAUUCUCUCAACCAGCUUCAACUGGAAUGCUUUUUGAGGGAGUUCCCACAUAUGCUGAGCACUUGUUGGCUGCUUUUCCUUCACUUUGUUGUCCAACUCAUCCCAAACCAUCUCAAUUGGGUUUCGGUCGGAUUAUGACCUGGCCAAGAGUCUGAACAAUCUGGAGGGCCACAAUUUUAGAAUAAGCCAGAAUUAGUGUUUCACUUAAACUUUUCUGGGGUGCGGCUUAUCAAGUGGAUUUCUUCCAAAUGCUAUUUCUAACUCAAAUUUAGAUUUGUGAUAAAAAAUCAAUAUCCUACAAUUGACCUAAAUACUGGGGCAUAACACAUUCAUUAACAGGGCCUCUGAGUAUUGGCAAAGGAGAAAGAGCAUCUUUAUCUCUUUGUGUACUGAUUAGAGGCUUUAGGGGCAGUCCAGUGAGCAUGUGCUGUUGAUUAUCACCGAUGAGGGAGCCUGUCCAAAUAGCACGCUGAUUAAUGAUUUACUUUUUUUCUUGUCGUUCAAAAUAGAUUCAGAGGUGGGAGGAGAGUCUGAGUGCCAGACAGGCAGAGUGUGUAUUGCAAAAUGAAUGGAACUUAUAAGAAGUGAGUUCUUGUACAAUAUGCAUAUGGAGAUAGGCCAGAACCUGUGUAUCUCAGGGAUGUACAUUUCCCCGCUGUCAAGAAUCCCUGUGCUGAACCUUACCUACGGGUAUUCACAAUGCAAUGUGAUAUAAGCCUAAUGAAUCCAAAGAAGCCAUUUUGGAAUAAAAAUGGACACUUUAAGGCUUUACAGUGCCUUCAGAAAGUAUUCACACCCCUUUGACUUUGUCCACAUUUUGUUUUUAACCUACAUGACAGAGUGAAAAGAAGAACGCCUGUACAGAAUAACAAAUAUUCCAAAACAUGCAUUCUGUUCGCAAUAAGGCACUGAAGUAAAAUUGCAAAAAAUGUGGCUCAGAUAUUAACUUUAUGUCCUGAAUACAUUGCGUUAUGUUUGGGGCAAAUCCAACACAACACAUCACUGAGUCCCACUAUUCGUAUUUUCAAGCAUGGUGGUGGCUGCAUCAUGUAUGGGUAUGUUUGUCAUCAGCAAGGACCAUAUCGUUUUUUGGGGGAUAAAAAUAAACUAAUAGUGCUAAGCAAGGCCAAAUUCAAGAGGAAAAACCUGGUUCACUCUGCUUUCCAAAAGACACUGGGAGACAAACUGUCACACCCUGACCUUAGAUUCUCUGUUUUCUAUAUAUUUUGGUUAGGUCAGGGUGUGACUAGGGUGGGUACUCUAGUUGUUGUAUGUCUAGGGUUUUUGUCAUCUAGGGUUUUUGUAUGUCUAUGUUGGCCUGAUAUGGUUCCCAAUCAGAGACAGCUGUUUAUCGUUGUCUCUGAUUGGGGAUCAUAUUUAGGUAGCUAUUUUCCCCAUUGUUAGUUGUGGGAUCUUGUCUAUGUUUAGUUGCCUGUCAGCACUAUUUUGUAUAGCUUCACGUUUCGUUUGUUAUAUUUAGUUGGUUUGUUCGGGAUUCAUUUAUUAAAAGAAUAUGUACGCAUACAACGCUGCGUCUUGGUCCGAUCCUUUCAACGAAUGUGACACAAACUCACCUUUGAGCAGGACAACAACCUAAAACACAAGGCCAAAUAUGCACUGGAGUUUCUUACCAAGACGACAUUGAAUAUUCCUGAGUGGCCUAGUUACAGUUUUGACUUAAAUCGGCUUGAAAAUCUAUGGCAAGACUUGAAAAUGGCUGUUUAGCAAUGAUCAACAACCAACUUGACAGAGCUUGAAUAUUUUUUUAACGAAUAAUGUGCAAAUAUUGUACAAUUCAGGUGUGGAAAGCUCUUACAUGCUGCCAACUCCGCUCGCGUCGCAUUCGCGAGCGUUGCAAAAUAAAGUUACACCUACAUGUUAUUUAAUCAUUGCACCCACACUGCUCGCACGUGCCAACGAGCGUCUGUGUUGCCAAGCGCUAAAAUAGAAGUCAGUUAUAUUUGUGACGCUGAACGCGGUGCAAAUCCUGCCUCUCCCUUCUCAUUGGUUUAUAGAAGCAGAUAACCAAUGAGGAGCUGGCACAUGGGUAUACCCACGUGGGUGAUUGAAAGAUUAACUGAGGUCGGUCGGUCGUGGUAAUAGACCUUAUUAUGCGUGCGGUUUGAGCAUGGUGUUACAGACUUACCCAGAAAGACUCACAGCUGUAAUUGCUGCCAAAGGGGCUUUACAAAGUAUUGACUCAGGGUGUGAAUACUUAUGUAAAUGAGAUAUUAUGUAAAUGAGAUUCAAUCAAAUGGCUACCCUGUCACGUCCUGACCUUAGUUCCUUUUUUAUGUCUGUUUUAGCUUGGUCAGGGCGUGAGAGUUGGGGUGGGCAUUCAAUGUUUUUGUUCUAUGUUUUGUAUUUCUGCUUUUGGCCUGGUAUGGUUCCCAAUCAGAGGCAGCUGUCAAUCGUUGUCUCUGAUUGAGAACCAUACUUAGGUAGCCUGUGUUCCCACUAUGAUUUGUGGGUAGUUGUUUUCUGUUUAGUGUAUGUCACCUUACAUAAGGAACUGUUUUGUUUCUUCCAUUCACUUUGUUAUUUUGUUUCGUGUGUUCACUGCUAAUAAAGUAACAUGGACACGUACACGCUGCGUAUUGGUCCGAUCCUUCAUACUCGUCGUCAGACGACGAAGAGAUCCGUUACAUACCCAGACUAUUUGCAAUGCCCCACUCCCCUCUUUUAUACUGCUGCUACUCUCUGUUGUUAUCAUCUAUGCAUAGUCACUUUAAUAACUCUACCUACAUGUACA